AUGUCUGCAACGGUCUCACAUGAAGAUACGGCGCAGCUCAAUCUCGUUGGGAAGAUUCGCGAGAAGCUGAAUGAAUACACCAUACACAAGCUCGAGGCCCCGGACAUGUUCGACCUCAAAGAUCUGCAAAACUUCAUGUUUAGUGGCGUGAUAGAGUUGCCCUUGAUUGGGCCUGAUUGGCAUAGUUGGGGCGUAGUCUCCAGGCCAGAAUCAUACUGCGACGAUGGAUUGGUCGGGCUGCGUCCACGGCAGCACACCGACGCAUUCACAAGCAAGCUCUCCGAGCGACCGAUAGAUAUCUUGCACUGCUUCAAGAGACUGUAUCGGGGAAAGGAAAGAGACAAUCCCGUGGUUGGCUAUCGCGACACCGCGAUCUCAAAAAUCACAUUUUGGUUGACCAGCUUCAUCACUUCCAUCCUCCCAGUGCUAUCAACCAUCGCACUUGUCAACAUACCCUCGCUGUUACAUCGUCUCGCCGCCAUUGCUGGUUUCAACGGCCUGGUGUCACUCUGUCUAGAAUGGUUUAUGGAGGCAAGAAGGACCGACGUCUUCGCAAUAACAGCAAUAUUCGCGGCUAUACAGGUCUUAUUUGUGGGCCAAGCACAUGUUCGUGGGCCGCAGGAAGUUGCAUUCGCACCCAGUAGUGCAUUACCAUCAUGGUAUGGCAUAUAG